AUGCAAGAGGUCAUUGCAAGGCUGGAAGGGUUUACCUUCGCCUUCAAGAAGGAUGUCGAAAUGCAAAAGGGCACUGGGCUCCUGCCUUUCCAGGGCAUGGACAAGUCAGGCUCAGCUGUGUGCAACUCCUUUGCUAAAGGGCUGUGUAAAAAAGGGAAGCUCUGCCCGUUCUGGCAUGAGCGACGGGAGAAACUGGUGUGUAAGCACUGGCGUCGGGAACUGUGCAAGAAAGGUGACCACUGCGGGUCCCUGCACCAGUGCAACAUUGCCAGGAUGCCCCAGCGCUACUUCUACUCCAAGUUCGGUGACUGCAACAACAAGCAGUGUCCCUUCCUCCAUGUGAAGCCAGCCUUCAGGUCCCAGGAUUGUCCUUGGUAUGACCAAGGUUUCUGCCAGAAUGGUCCCCUAUGUAAAUAUCGCCAUGUCCCCAGAAUAAUGUGUCUCAAUUACUUAGUUGGCUUCUGCCCUGAGGGGCCCAAGUGCCAAUUUGCUCAGUGA